UCACUCAGCUCUAACUAAUUAUUGUUACGCGAGCGCAAAGUGCCUGGAAAAGUUAAGAGAUUUUGUAAAAUUGUCAAAGAAGUUACCUAAAAUGUUGGCAUUGCGCAACCCACAAAGGCUUAACAUACGCGCAUUGUUGCCGGCUGCCUGCAAAAACGUGGGUCUUUUUAGUUACUCCAGCUCUUCGCAGUCGAAAGACGACGAUGGCGCCUCCUCCUCCGAUGAUGAGAAGUCAGCCAAGAAACAGCGUAAAUCAGCUGAGCAAAAAACCGAAACAGCGGCGCAGCGCUUGAAUCGUUUGCUGGGCAGCAUGCAAAUGCAAACUACGGAUCAGUUGACGGCCACAGAUUUUCCACGGCCCGGUGAUGCGAAUCGACGGCGCAGGGAGGCGCUCAAGCAGGAUGCGGCCACGAAGAAUGUCAUCACAGCGGCCAAGAAUAUUGCCAGCAUGCUCGGCACCGACGACAACGAGCGAAAGCAAACCGAAUCCGAAUUGCUGGCCAAACUGCUGGGACACAGCGCUGAAGGUGCUCCGGAUGCGCCACAAAGCGAUGUCCAGAGCACAACAGCCGCACCUGCCAGCGCAGACAAGGAGCUGAAUUUGAGUGAACUGAUUGUGGGCAUGAAGAUCGAUCGGAGGCAGAAGCCGGAGCAACCGGAGCAGACUCGCGGCGAGUAUGUACGGCGCACAUUGGCAUCGCGUCCCAAAUCGAGGACCGGUGAUCGCACAUCGCUACGUCCGCAGCGGCACAUUAAGCGCGAGGCAGAAUCAUUCUCGGGUAGCGUCAAUUUGUAUGGCGGCGAACCGUUGGGCAUCUUCACGAAAGGCUCACCAAAGUUGCUGGAUUCACCGGAUAUGCUCGCCACCUGGUCUGUGUUAAGUGCACGCGAAUUGAAGCUACAGGCAGCCCAUCCACCGGCCAACUAUUUUGAGCAAAUGGUGCAGUGGACAGCGCAGGGGAAAGUCUGGCGUUUCCCCAUUGACAACGAGCAGGAUAUGCACGAGGAGGCGGACGUUGACUUUUCGGAGCACAUCUUUCUCGAACAGCACUUGGAGGACUGGUGUCCCAACAAGGGACCCAUACGCCACUUCAUGGAGCUGGUGUGCGUGGGCCUCUCCAAAAAUCCCUAUGUCACGGCACAGGAUAAGAAGGAACAUAUUCUCUGGUUCCGCGAUUACUUCGAGGCCAAAAAGGACAUACUCAAGGAUCUAAUGAGCAAGGAGAGCAAGGCAAAUGUUAAAAGCAUAACAGCUUAGUUUUGGAUAUUGUAAAAUAUUUGUUAAAAAAAUAUAUAUAUAUAUUUUA